AUGGCUCCAAAAAAUGAAAUUCCAGCCUAUGUCCUCGGCGUUGGGCUCACCAAGUUCAUCAAGCCCCGUCAGACGCGUGCAUAUCCGGAGAUGGGAUAUGAAGCGGGCGUGAAAGCAAUGUUGGACGCACAGAUCAACUACGAUGAUGUUGAGACGGGAGUUGCGUGUUACUGCUACGGCGACACUACAAGCGGCCAAAGGAUCUUCUACCAAUUUGGCAUGUCCAGUAUUCCAAUUUACAACACGAACAAUGCAUGCGCAACUGGAUCGACCGGACUUCAUCUAGCGCGAACCCUGAUCAAGAACGGAGCAGUUGACUGCACGCUCGUUAUCGGGUUCGAACAGAUGCAACCGGGAUCCAUCAAGUCUGCAUGGAAUGACCGCCCUUCUCCCAUGGGUCUCUCGAUGCGUAUGAUGGCGGAUACUCGCGGCAUAAGCAACUCUCCACCUAACGCUCAAUAUUUCGCCAACGCGGGUCUGGAGUAUAUGGAGAAGUAUGGCGCUGAGGCGCGCGACUUCGCCGAGAUUGCGAGGAUCAGCCAUGAACACAGCUCGAAGAAUCCCUAUGCACAGUUCAGGGAUGUUUACACACUUGAGGAGAUCGAGAAGGCGCCCAUGAUUCAUUACCCAUUGACGAAACUCCAAUGCAGCCCGACAAGCGAUGGGGCGGGUGCGGCAGUCAUCGUGAGCCAGAAGUUCUUGGAUGCCAGACCACAUUUGAAGUCUCAAGCUAUCCUGAUCGCCGGCCAGUCUCUGAUGACGGAUUCACCCCAGCUCUACUCCAAGUCAUCAAUGGAUUUGGUUGGUUACGACAUGACCAAGCGCGCGGCACAAGCAGCUUUGAAGGAGGCCGGUGUUAAUGCAAAAGACAUUAAAGUCGCAGAGUUGCAUGACUGCUUCUCAGCGAACGAGCUCAUACUACUAGAAGGUCUGGGUUUCAGCGAACCCGGGAAAGCGCACAUGAUGGUGCGCAAUGGCGAUAUCACAUACGGCGGCAAAGGACCCAUCGUGAACCCAUCAGGUGGUCUCAUCAGCAAAGGGCAUCCUCUCGGUGCGACUGGACUCGCUCAAUGCGCAGAACUGACAUGGCAGCUUCGAGGCUGGGCCAACAACAGACUCGCCGAUGGAGCGGACGUAGCGCUGCAGCACAACCUGGGCUUGGGCGGAGCUGUCGUGAUCAACGUAUACAAACGCGCUGACGGAAAGAAGAAUGUGAAGAUGAGUGAUGAGGAAGUCAAGCAAGCGAGUCAGUUCUCCUACAACCCUGCUGUGGAGGCACGCUACGUUACGAAGGAGGAGGGGGACAAGGUGAGGAGCAAGACGGUGGCGAGUGAGUACGCGCUUGGCGAUACACUAGAGAAGAUUCAAAGUCGGCUGUAA